GUCAACAAGGGUGUGGCACCUUCUGCCACUAUAUAAGUAGAACUGGAGUUCGACUGUAUGCCACCCUCAUAAAUUUUGUAUACGUUAUUACGAUACGAUCUUCCUUUUACUCCUGCUCGAUCACGUUUUUCUUCUUCUAACUCAACGACGCUUUCCAUCCAUCGAUUAGAAACUUCUUUAAGAUCUGGUGGUAUGUACGACGAUGCAGGAAUUAAGAUCAAUAACUUGUGAGUAGCUAUCGAUAUAUUAUGCUGAUCCUCAAUGUUUUCAAUUUUCUCUCUUAUACCCUUAUGACGGGUACCAGUUGAAGGAAUUAUGAGUUUUAAAUAUCCAUGAUAAUAACUCAAUGCCAUGUAUGUACCACAAUCUAAACCUUCCAUCGAAUCAAUUGUGAAAAUAUUCGAAUGAAAGUACUGCAUGACUUUCAAAAAUAGCAUUGAAAUUGUACUAUAAAUCAUACAUGUUAAUGCAUUAAAUUGUAUCUUCCAAAAGAAGUCGUGCUUGAUAACAAUAAUAAUCGUAAAGAUUAUUAAAUAAACAAUGAAAAUCAUCGUAAAUGGAUUCAACAUAAAUAGAGUCUCCACAUCUGUCUUCAUACUAUUACGAGAAUAAUUUGCAAAUAAAUUUUGAAUGAAUGUUACUGUAAAAUUUGCAGUCAUAAGUGCAGUAUUUAAAACUACUAUCAUACAUAAGUGAUCCGUAAGAGAAACUGAUGGAUUCCGAUAUUUUAGUAGUUGCAUACUUAUUAUCAACAAUACGUGCAGAAUGACAAAACUAAUAACACUUAACCUUACUUUAUCACGCAUAUGGCUUACAUUUCCCCUCUUAUUUAAGAUUAUCAAAUAGACGUAUCUAGUCUUCUCGAUUACUUCAAAUCUGAAUAAAUGAAAAAUUAAUCGAAUUCUUUUUAAACUUUAAUAUACAGCUAGUAUUCUCCUCUUACGUUUCUGUUUGCAUUUUGCAGGUAUUGUGAACGUACCUUAAUACGCAGUAUCUCGUGUUAAACGAAACUGUGCGUAUCGUAACACCCGACAGGUGUUAAACAAACGAACAACACGAUUAAACAAUCGGUCUUACAAUAAAUUAUAGUUUCUGAAUUUUCCUUUAGUAAAAUCAUAUGAUCGAAUAACAUAUAUAUAUAUAUACAUUUACGAUACUCGCAUUGUAAUCAAAAUUCCAAUUCUCAAUGUUCUUUAUUGCGCAGCGGAAAAUCGUUCCGGAGGAUUUCGUUCGUUUCAGUGAAAAAGAUCUUUGAAAAUUUCCUUUGUACCGACGAACCGAAAUAGAAAGGAAACCGACGAGUUUAUAAAGUGUAGAACGAUCCGAACUUACAACGGGAAAUACCGUGAUAACCGAGUGCUGUGAGGAGGAAGGAAGAUACGGGAAAGGGAAGACGGAAAGAGGCAACGCGUACUGCCAGGUCAGAGCGCUGUUAACGUAAGCGAAACAAGUCGAUUGACCUAUGGAUACAAUCCGAUGCACGCGCGAUCGAUAAAGUCUAUAAAAUUCGGACUUGUCCCGGCGCGAAAUUUUCACCGUGAAAUACGAAUUUGCCUGUUGAAACGCGUCACGGGGAACAGUGGGCCCCGCUCGUCGAAACCGCCGCGUCGCGGGGUAAAUAUUCCAGCAGGUGAUAUUUGCUGGUGAUUAGCGCCAUGUCUCACAAUGGACCAAUCAGCUGCUUGGUAAACCGCCGUAAAACCUCGAACCUGUCCGCAGACGAAUGACAACAAAAGAGUCUGAUAGAAGUCGCGCGCGAGACGGUGGAUUUUUUCACGACUGCAUAGGAAAUUCGCUGUUUCCUCGGUUUCGUUGCUCGCCGCGAAUAACGUCGCUUUGGCCGUAGUGAAAGUGUCGAAGAAUAUGAAGAGAAGAAAUGUCGAGUGCGGUAAGCUUCGGAGGCCCUUGAAACGCAACAAGCUCACCGAGGGAAUCUACGGAAGUACAUUACUUUAUCUAAAAUUUCUUCUACUAUGGGCUAUGGUAAUUUUGGCAGACUUCAUUUUAGAAUUCCGUUUUGAAUUUUUGUGGCCGUUUUGGCUACUUCUCAGAAGUGUUUACGAUUCUUUUAAAUAUCAAGGCUUGGCCUUCUCUGUAUUUUUUAUUUGUAUUGCGCUUACAUCAGAUAUGAUUUGUUUUUUCUUCAUACCAGUACAUUGGUUGUUCUUCGCUGCCAGUACUUAUGUUUGGGUACAAUACGUAUGGCAUACAGACAAAGGUGUGUGUUUACCGACUGUGAUGCUAUGGUUACUAUUUCUAUACAUAGAGGCAGCAGUACGAUUAAGAGAUUUACGACAUAUGCCUUUUCAUUUGGAUCUAUGUCGACCAUUUGCAGCACAUUGCAUUGGUUAUCCUGUAGUUACAUUAGGUUUUGGUUUUAAAAGUUUUAUUGGUCACAGAAUGAGAGAGAGGAAACAAAAAGAUGUGGCAAAAGAAAACGAGUUUUACCUACAAUUAUUGCAGCAAGCACUGCCUUUAGAACAACAAAUUACAACAGUGCAACAGAUUCAGCAAGUGCAAUCACAAUCACAAUCACAUGUUACUUCAUCGUUCGAGCAACAUGUGAAAAUACAAUCUAAUAAAUUUUGUCCGCAAUAUAAUCCGAGUCCUGAAAAGAGCAGAGGUAGGUGCAGUAACAACUCUGCGGAAGUAGGUAUACAAAAUGGUAAUUUACAUAUAGGUUCACAAAUUACAUCACAAGCUCAAGGUGCUACAACAAAAAAUAAUCAUAGAAAGUCCUUAGACAAAGGUGAAAAACAAGAGGAACAACAGCACAAUAAGCAUAAUAUAACGAAUAUAUCACAGUCCGAUAAGAAUGACAAAAGGUUUAUACAUACGAACGGUAAUACCGUAACACACAAUGACAUACAAUUUAUUGACAGAAUCGGAUCUGUGAAUGAUUUUGAUGCGAAUGAAAUAGAGAAAGACAAAUUUGUCAAAAGUGGGAAUUGCGGACAUACCACAGUGAAGUCACAGACCAAUGGUUCUGUAACCGGCAAGUGGAAUAAUAUAAAAGACAGUCGAGAACCAUCGACCACAGUUAAUACUCAACGUGAACGUAAAACUCGUCAAAUUAAAACCCCCGUUGAUAAUAUAAAUGAGCAACAAAAACAGCAAGACGAAUAUUGUCAAAGGUUACUGAUGUGUCGCAGGCUCGAGGCUGACAUAAAGCGCUUGAAGUCAGACUUGCAAUCCAGUCGACAACUGGAACAGGAACUUCGUUCGCAAAUAAAUACUCUACAGAAUGGAGAACGCCAAGCUAAGGGUGACAUACAACAACUUCAGCACGACAAUGAUCAGUUACAGAGCAAAUUACACGGAUUAGUAACAGCUCGUCAAUUAGAUAAACAAACGAUGUCGUCAUUGGAGAAAAGAAUCGCGGAAGAAAGGAAACAGAGAACAGCCUGCGAAGCGACUUUAGUUUCUGAAAGACGAGCGCGACGAGCCGCUGAAGAAGCACGCUCCGCUAUUCCACCUCCACCUCCGCCACUUAUUAGACAAGAAUGCACUGAAUCGUGUAAAACUCGUAGGUCGCAAAUGGAACAAGACCUUAAAAAUUUACGGCGAGAACUUAAAACGAAAGAAGAAAGGUGUAGUGUACUGGAAAAGGACGUUACACGUUGCAAGGAGAACCACAAAGAGUCUGAAAUUUUACUUGGAGCACUUAACGCGCUUCAAGACAAAACUGCUCAUUUAGAAGACAGUUUAAGUGCAGAGACACGCAUAAAACUUGAUUUAUUUUCUGCACUUGGUGAAGCCAGGCGACAGCUAGAAAUUAAAGACAGUUUAAUUAGAUCUCAAGAAAAGGAAAUUGAAAUGCUAAAAACAAAAAUAGCCCAAGAUUUAGCUGUGAUGCCACAAGAUACGUUUGGUCCUGCGCCAACCUGCGCGACAUCUAAGCUUCGGUUGAAUAAUGAAGUGCGAGUCGCAGUUACAAAAAUACGUUCUAACGAAAGUCCCCGCCCAGGGUGUACAGUGUCGAACUUGGAUCCAAACGCGACAGCAUAUACACCUAAGAAUUCCCUAAUAGCGUCUACCGAAGCUUAAAAACUGCAAUUUUUGCCACACUUAAGACUUCACAGAAAAUUGAAUAUAAAUUACCUAAACAUGUUUCAAGUGUGUUUCUCAAUGGAAAUCUAAACGCGAGCUUAGAUUCAACGUGUGCGCCGAUGAACUUGAAUCCCGGCGGAAUAAAAAUGAAUUCCAACAAGAAAAUCAUUGAAUCCAUCUCUGGAAUAUAUUUGUACUUGAUACUUUUUUCCAGAAAGUCGUACGUUGUAUUUUAAUUUUCUUUUCAAAUUAGAGGGAAGCGUGAUAGUUUGACUAGAAUGAAACUUUUAUAUAAUUUAGCCGUACGAAAAGUUGCAAAACCUCUGAUUUCUCUUGACAUCUCUAUUUGUAUAGAAUGUUUAUAAUAUUUUACCGAAGACCAACGCGCGUCUAGUACUUUUUCAUACGUCCUCUUCGAGUCGAAUGCUUAGAGGCAUCUUUUUAAUGUCUUCCGUGAGAGACUUCUAGAAACAUGUUUUGCAUCUCAUUUGUCAUCUAAAAUGACACAUUGUUAUUAACUAUACAUGACCAUAGGACGCGACUACUAAUGAGUUAAAAAAUAUUUAAGGAGCUAGUUGCGUCCUAUUAAACAUGCUGUAGGUUGAUCUUACAGAUUUCCACUUCGAUUGCAUCAACUGAUUUCGAGCAACAAUAUAAUAUACAGGCGAUCCAGUUAUCGUAAUAAUCGUUACCCCUUUAUAUUUAAUGAAUUUUAUCCUACCAUUUUAUUAGCAACGCGAUUGCGAGUUAUAUCACUUAAGAAGGAAACAGGAUUGGAAAUCUUCAAUUAUAUCUUUUUGAUAUUAAUGUUUUAUAGUCGAUCCGUAAAAGCACGUGAAAUAUCAGUAAAGUUGAUUAGCAAAUAGAGAGAAAUGUUGUAUCUCUUAUUUUCUGAAAGUGUCAGAAGACUAAAAGAACUUGGUCUGUAUUUGAUCCUCCUACAGCAUAUGCCUAAAUCUAUGACGACUUGUUAUAGGCACAAAUCUUUCUCAAGUCGUAAUACGAAGCUAGUCCAGCAUACAAACUGUAUUUAAUGUCUUUGGCAAGUGAAGCCAUUUUAAGUCAUGUGAUCAUCCAAAACCAGCCAUUAAUAUACAUUGAAAAUACCUGCCGUUGUUCAUCAUUCAAGAAGAUUGAUAGAAAAUGUCAAAACGCCAAAUUCAUUUUUAAAUGAUCAUCGUUAUUUCGAUACUCUUAUUUCUGUGCUUUUUACAUACUUUUAAAUGCUUAUAAUUUAUUAGUUUAGCGAUAUACUUUGUGUAUUGGCUUUCGAACGGUGCGAAGUGUUAAAAUAUUUUGUAACUGUUUUUUUCUAUAUAUACAUGUAUGUAUAUAUAUAUAUAUAUAAAUUUUAAGUUAAACUCACGGUCUAAUUUCUUCGUAACGGGAGAGUCUGAUCUAAUUUGAAGAUUUUAAAUAAAUUCUAGAAUAUGAAUUUACGUGGUACUAAAUAUAUUAUAUACUGAACAUAUUUGAGUCGUCCAACGUCUAACAGUGAACUCUUUUCUUCAAAUUAUAUAGCUUCAAAAUUCGUAUUACUUUGUAAUGUCAUUAAUAAUCAAAUUAUAUGACAUUCUGUUGACUUGUCUAAAUGGAAAAGUUUAUCUGUAAAAUACUUUACUUGCAAGUGUUACAAUUUAAAUUGCUUCUUUUUAAUACAGAUUAUAUAUAUAUAAUAAAACUCGAUUACUCUGAAUAGAGCAUGGUAUGUAGCAUUCGUACGAUCCAUCGUUUCAUAUAUGAUUUUUAUAUGAGACUCUUUUCUUUUAAGUUCUCUUAGCCUUAAUAUUGGAAUAACAUUAAAU